AUGUGGAAGGGCCGGGAUGUCGGGAAGGACAACGCGCCGCUGGCAGAGGUUCAAGGUCUGGAGUUGUCUCACUGCGUUGGGACCAACUCUCUGGGUCCUGUUGGGCCUUGGAGGUUGGGGGGGCCCUGCAAGAUGAAGAGGGUCCGCACUGUCUUCAAACCAGAGCAGCUGGAGCGGUUGGAGCAGGAAUUCCUCAAGCAGCAGUACAUGGUGGGCACGGAGCGAGUGGACCUGGCUGCGACUCUGCACCUCACGGAGACUCAGGUGAAAGUCUGGUUCCAGAACCGGAGGAUCAAGUGGAGGAAGCAGAGCAUGGAGCAGAAGGCGGCAAAGCUGUCCCAGUUUGGGGUGAUCCAGCCUGCGACCGCCGACUCCACGGACAUCAAGGACCACGAGGAGGACACCGUGGACGUGGAGCUUUGA